ACCCCUCUAUACACAGACUAGCCGUGCGUCACAAUGUGCGCGAUGAUGCAAUCACGCAGUGCGUCGGGUUGAGCUCCACCCCCUGCAGUACAGCGACUGAUUAGGUAUUGUGUGCGGGUCGUUUCUAAUUUGGUUCCGUGCUGGAAAUACUGUGUGUUUUUUAAUAUUUAUAUAAAAAAAUACACGACACAGGGCAAGAUGAGCAAGCGAAAAGCCCCGCAGGAGAGUCCGAACGAAGGCAUUACUGAUUUUCUGACAGAGUUGGCCAAUUACGAGCGGAAUGUGAACCGAGCGAUCCACAAGUACAACGCGUACAGGAAAGCUGCGUCCGUUAUCUCCAAGUACCCGGACAAGAUAAAGAACGGAAACGAAGCGAAGAAGCUGGAUGGUGUUGGUGCGAAGAUAGCAGAGAAGAUUGAUGAGUUUCUGUCCACCGGGAAGCUCCGGAAAAUCGAGAAGAUCCGCAGUGAUGACACCAGCUCUUCAAUCAACUUCCUCACCAGAGUGACAGGCAUUGGGCCCGCUGCAGCACGGAAGUUUGUGGAGGAGGGAGUGAAGACCCUGGAUGAUCUGAAGAAGAUUGAACACAAGCUCAACCAUCAUCAGCAGAUUGGCCUCAAGUACUUUGAGGAUUUUGAAAAGAGGAUCCCCAGAGCUGAGAUGCUGAAGAUGCAGGACCUCAUUCUGAGCGAGCUGGAGACGCUGGAUCCAGAGUACAUCGGCACCGUCUGCGGGAGCUUCAGGAGAGGUGCAGAGUCAAGUGGUGAUAUUGAUAUUCUUCUCACCCAUCCCAACUUCACCUCGGAGUCGACUAAACAGCCCAAGCUGCUGCAUGCGGUCGUGGAUCACCUGCAAGGGACCGGCUUCAUCACUGACACUCUGUCCAAGGGGGAGGCCAAGUUCAUGGACCCCCAUUAUAGAGGUAAGAUACCUCUGAUUAAACUAAUAGACCUGAGCCCUGAAGGCAUGAGAGGGGCAAGGGGGAGCAACAGCUGCUGUGCUGAAUCCAAAUAAGAGAGUCCUUCCCUUCCACCACAUCCUUCAAUAUGAAUCGCAGCCCAGCAAGCCAGACAUGGCCCAGAAGCUGUGUGCUAUACCCUGGAGAAGCACAGAGUCCCCAAGAAGGAACGGCAGCUCACCCCACCAUUGCUGUUCAGUUAAGGAUGAAGACGUUGCUUUAGGAAAAUGAAACAGCGACGUCUUUGAACAGAACUGCAUGCAUAGCUCGCUGUCAGUAAACGCUGGAUGCAGAUUCAUUUUUAUGGUGGGAGAGUGUUUAAGGGACACGUUUAGAAGCAGCUGGCUCCAGUAUUGGUCAAACACAUGUAAUGCUUCCUAAUUGCAGGGUUCUUAAACGCAGCCCAUGUGUUUCGCUCUCGCUCCCUCUCUCUCGACCAGCACUGCUGACAAGUUUCAUUGUCUGUAAAUGUAACGGCAGCAGCAGCUUCGUCCACAGGCAGUCCUGGCCAGGCUUCGUUUAGAACGAGGCUCAGUGAAAUGGCUAGGUUAUGGGUGAAGGUAGUAAUUUUUGUUGACGUUUUAAGUAUAGCUUGUUAAUGAUUGAUAUACUGUCCUCCUGUGCUAGCAGUGGGAACUGGAAAACCAGCCGCAGUAACUUUAGGGAUCAGCUUGCAAUAAUACCCCUCAGUCACAGAGUUCCCCUUUUAUUUUGAAGUCCCGCCCCAUCGAAGGCCCUGUCAGCUUGUAAUUCUGUUUGCGUGUCGUAACCCUGCGGUUCUGUAUCGCUUUCCUGUCUCUGGAUCAUCUCGCGGCGCUUGUGACGUGGACCAGUGUUUACUCCGAGAAGGAUUACAAUAUUGAGGUGAAGAAGCCAUUGUAAAAACAUACAGAAUUACCCAACCCUGGCUCUAAUUAUAGACACGACUUUUCUAAUGCAUUCAAGUCUUUUUGACAUCUCAUAUGUGCAGGUACUGCUAAGC